CCUGGGAAAGCUGCCCUGCAUUCGAGCAAGAUGCCUAGACAAUUUGCAUGUCAAGUUCAUUUGGCCACCUCGCGGUUACUGAAGGCUGGGGUUCUCCAGCAGCCCCCUGUUUGGUAUAAUGCUGUUGUUUCAUAUCCCCCUAUUCCUCUUCCGCCUCGCGACGCUCCUUGCAGACCGGUGUUUUGGCUACCAGAAGAAGACAACAAGACACAGGGACAUAAGAUUCCUUUUGACCUUCCUGUGAAGGCUUUUACACCUAAAGCUCAAGAAAAAGCACGUCAAGCUAUCAAAACCCCACCACCGCGCAUACAAUCCAUAGAAUACACCGAAGAUCGGAUACGGAGUCAAUUUUUUCGUGAUCAUCCCUUUGAGGCUCUCCGGCCGCGUACAUUGAUCGAGCAAGGGUCCCUAAGGACAGAGCAUCUUGUCCAAGGUUUGGAAUGGACACGCCUCAGCCAACAUGGUCGCGCUCCUCACCUGAGGACUAUAAAAUUCGCCACAUGUUUACACGACUACCACAAGAAGUCCAUCACAGAAGCAUACCAAACGGCUGUCUCUCAAUUCCGUGCCUUACGAGCAGAGCAUCACAUGGCAACCCUUUUUGCACGUAAUGAAGCCGUUUUCUACGGCGCUAGGUUCCGCCCGGAUCAAUCGACCCGCGCAUACAUUCUCGAGAACAAAGCUCUUGGCACGUGGACUCGCACGUCUGACGCCAGCGCAAAUGCAGGGCGCCAGAGACGGACGCUAAAGGGGAAGUACUUCCCUGUGUGGAUGGGUCGAAUGGGCGUGACGGAUUAUUGGUCUCGAGGCGUGGGUUACACGAGGCGUUGGAUGAAGGGCAUGCCACCCCCAUAUUGGCCCACGAAGGGAGAAAGGAGAGUGAAGGCACAGCAGAAAGCCGCAGACGCGGCUCAGACCCUCUUGCAUGAGAAGGAGGAAGAGAAGGGAAGAAACCUUAUCCAUAAUCCUUGGUGA